GGCGCCCGAUUCGACGGGGGGUUUCAACAUUUAAAACAGUACAGAGUCUCAACGAGGGCGGUCGCGUUGAAUGCCGAGUCUCUUCGAAAUAAUAAAUAAAUAGAUUGAUAAGGCCCGAAGGAUGACGGGCGAGGAGGCCAAGGGCGGGCCGGACAGCGGUGUUCCUACUGCAGAGAACGCCAAAGUCGUUGGGGAUAAUAAUCAGCAGAACGGAGUUCAGGAAGAGAAAGAAAAAGCGCCGGUAGUUAACGGGACGAACAUGGAAACCCUGCCGAGAACGGGAAAACAGAGUGAUCCAAGUACAGCUUUCCUCAGGGCAGCGAGAGCGGGACAACUGGAAAAAGUUUUGGAGUACCUCGAGUCCGGAGUUGAUAUAAAUGCUUCUAACGCUAAUGGUCUAAACGCUUUGCACCUAGCCGCUAAGGAUGGCCACAUAGAAAUAGUCAGAGAACUUUUAACCCGAGGAGCUAUCGUAGAUGCUGCCACCAAGAAAGGAAAUACAGCUCUGCAUAUCGCCUCACUCGCUGGGCAAGAGGAGGUUGUACAUUUGCUCAUUCAACGUGGCGCUUCUGUCAAUGCCCAAUCACAAAAUGGUUUCACACCGCUGUACAUGGCUGCCCAAGAAAACCACGACUCUGUUGUCAAGUUUUUGCUUAGCAAGGGUGCUAACCAAACUCUUGCCACUGAGGAUGGAUUUACGCCAUUGGCUGUGGCUAUGCAACAGGGUCACGACAAAGUAGUAGCGGUACUACUCGAAAGUGAUACAAGAGGCAAAGUACGUCUACCAGCUCUUCACAUUGCUGCAAAGAAAGACGACUGCAAAGCUGCUGCGUUGCUUUUACAAAACGAUCACAAUCCAGAUGUUACUUCAAAAAGUGGUUUCACACCCCUUCACAUUGCAGCCCAUUACGGCAAUGACAGGAUAGCUUCUCUACUUUAUGAAAAAGGGGCAGCAGUUAAUUUCACCGCAAAGCAUAAUAUAACGCCAAUGCACGUCGCAGCAAAAUGGGGGAGAAUAAAAAUGGUGAAUCUGCUUAUGUCCAAAAAUGCGAACAUCGAAGCAAAAACGAGAGACGGGCUCACGCCGCUUCAUUGCGCAGCUAGAUCUGGUCAUCACGAAGUAGUAGAUAUACUAAUAGAAAAUGGAGCACCUAUUGGUUCUAAAACGAAGAAUGGACUUGCCCCACUGCACAUGGCCUCUCAAGGUGAUCACGUUGAUGCUGCUCGUAUUCUACUUUACCACGGAGCACCGGUCGACGAUGUGACGGUUGAUUAUCUGACUGCGUUGCACGUAGCAGCUCAUUGCGGACAUGUUCGAGUAGCUAAACUUUUACUCGACAGAAAUGCAGACCCUAAUGCCAGAGCCUUGAAUGGUUUUACACCUCUUCACAUUGCUUGUAAAAAGAACAGAAUAAAAGUCGUUGAACUGCUUCUUAAACACAGAGCCAGCAUUGAAGCAAUGACAGAGUCCGGCCUUACACCUUUACAUGUUGCAAGCUUCAUGGGAUGCAUGAACAUUGUCAUCUAUUUACUUCAACACGAUGCUAGUCCAGAUAUUCCAACUGUGCGGGGAGAAACCCCCCUGCAUUUGGCUGCUAGAGCAAAUCAGACCGACAUCAUCAGGAUUUUAUUAAGAAACGGAGCUCUAGUUGAUGCCAGAGCGAGAGAAGACCAAACCCCAUUACAUGUUGCAUCACGGUUGGGUAACGUUGACAUUGUGAUGCUGCUUUUACAACACGGUGCGGAUGUUGAUGCGACUACGAAAGAUUUGUAUACCCCGCUUCACAUUGCAGCUAAAGAAGGCCAGGAAGAGGUGGCAUCUGUCUUGCUUGAAAAUAGGGCAUCGCUCACCGCUACGACCAAGAAAGGUUUCACACCGUUGCACCUUGCUGCAAAAUAUGGAAAUAUGAAUGUGGCGAGGCUUCUGCUGCAGAAAGAUGCUCCUGUCGAUGCUCAAGGAAAGAAUGGAGUCACACCGCUUCACGUUGCAUCCCAUUACGACCAUCAGAAUGUGGCCCUACUUCUUCUUGACAAGGGAGCUUCUCCUCAUGCAAUGGCUAAGAAUGGUCACACUCCGUUACACAUUGCGGCUCGUAAAAAUCAGAUGGAUAUCGCCACAACACUAUUAGAAUACGGAGCAAAAGCAAACGCAGAAUCAAAGGCUGGUUUCACACCUUUGCACCUGAGUGCUCAGGAGGGUCAUACCGAUAUGUCAACUUUGCUUAUUGAGCACAAAGCAGAUACAAAUCACAAAGCGAAGAAUGGUCUAACACCAUUACACUUGUGUGCACAAGAGGACAAAGUUAACGUUGCGUCCAUCCUGGUCAAAAAUGGAGCUGAAAUUGAUACGAAAACGAAGGCUGGUUACACACCGUUGCAUGUAGCAGCACAUUUUGGUCAAGCAGCAAUGGUACGUUUCCUGCUGAGAUCGGGAGCAGGUGUCGAUAGCAGUACCGGUGCCGGUUAUACACCAUUGCAUCAAGCUGCGCAACAGGGGCAUACCCUAGUUAUUAAUUUGCUGUUGGAGAGCAAAGCAAAGCCUAAUGCAGUUACCAAUAAUGGGCAAACAGCUUUGGACAUAGCACAAAAAUUAGGAUACAUCAGUGUUGUUGAAACUUUGAAAGUGGUAACCGAAACUGUCAUCACGACAACGCAUACCGUUACAAUUGAAGAGAAGUACAAGGUACAAGCACCAGAAUCGAUGCAGGAGACAUUCAUGAGUGAUAGCGAAGACGAAGGUGGUGGCGACGAAAUUGGUAUGGCAGCCAUGAAUGUGUACGGGCAGCCGCCUCAUGCGCAACAUGUCUACCUCCCUUCCUACUACCAGGGCCAAAUGACCUAUACUAGCGAAGAUCCGAUGUUAAGCGACCAACAGCAGUACCGUUACAUGACUGUUGACGAUAUGAAAUCAAUGGGUGAUGACUCUAUGCGCCUCAAUGUAACUGAUGAUGAAAGAGACAAUCGACAUUCUGGAGCUCCAACUAUAACAGAAAUGAUUACAAAAGAAAGCUAUCACAGAUCAAAUGCCGCAAAUCACAAGCCAGACAAUGUGGACAUCAACAGGCAUCCAAUUCACGUUGGCGCGUCAAUAGUGUCGUUAAACACAUCACUGGCAGCCCUUGGUAUCGUGCCUAAAGGACAAGGGAUGUGGAGGGACAGUUUCCUAGUUUCAUUCCUGGUUGAUGCAAGGGGAGGUGCAAUGCGUGGAUGCCGUCACAGUGGAGUUCGCGUGAUUGUGCCACCGCGUAAAGCGGCCAUGCCUAUGAGAGUAACUUGUCGGUACCUGAAAAGAGAUAAAUUAACCAAUCCUCCACCUCUGAUGGAGGGCGAAGCAUUGGCGAGUAGAAUCCUUGAGCUUGGGCCUGUCGGUGCUAAGUUCCUAGGGCCCGUAAUUAUAGAGGUACCACAUUUUGCCUCAUUGCGUGGAAAAGAAAGAGAAAUAGUUAUCCUGAGAUCAGAUAAUGGAGAGACGUGGCGCGAGCACACCCUGGAAGCAAGCGAGGAAGCUGUCCAGGAUGUGCUUAACGAGAGCUUUGAAGGAGAAGAAUUAAGCCAGCUAGAGGAUCUCCAGACAUCACGUAUAGUACGAAUUCUCACGGUAGAUUUCCCGCACUACUUUGCCGUAGUGUCUCGUGUUAGGCAGGAAGUUCAUGCAGUAGGUCCCGAAGGAGGCACUGUCUCUUCUUCCGCUGUGCCUCAAGUUCAGGCUGUCUUUCCGCCAGCUGCUCUUACAAAGAAAAUUAGAGUUGGGCUACAGGCUCAUCCGAUACCAUCCGAUUUGGUAGCUAAGCUACUUGGAAAUCGUGUCGCAGUAUCACCGAUUGUGACUGUAGAGCCCAGACGGCGAAAGUUCCACAAACCGAUUACUUUGACGAUACCAAUGCCACAAGCAGCUAAUAAAGGCAUGAUUAAUCAAUACUCUGGAGAUGCAGGAGCCGUUGGAACUCUUAGACUUCUGUGCAGCAUAACUGGGGGUCAGUCUCGGGCGGUCUGGGAGGAUGUAACUGGAUCCACGCCACUAACGUUUGUCAAGGACUGCGUCUCCUUUACUACGACUGUAUCUGCUCGUUUCUGGCUGAUGGAUUGCAGAAACAUUUCUGAGGCUACUAAAAUGGCUACAGAACUUUAUACUCAUGCUACACAUGUGCCAUUUAUGGCCAAAUUUGUUGUCUUUGCUAAACGAGUCGACCCACUAGAAGCGAGACUACGCGUGUUCUGCAUGACAGAUGAUAAGGAAGACAAAACACUGGAACAUCAAGAGCACUUUACCGAGGUUGCCAAAAGCCGGGAUGUUGAGGUUCUUGAAGGAAAAACACAAUAUAUGGAAUUUGCCGGUAAUCUAAUCCCGGUUUUGAAGAGCGGAGAACAAUUACAGCUACCAUUUAGGGCUUUCAAAGAAAAUAGAGUUCCGUUCACUGCAAGAGUCAAAGAUCCAGAUGCCGCCGACACUGUUGGCCGUAUCAUGUUUAUGAGUGAACCUAAAGUUGCAAAGGGUGAACCUUCUCAGACGCCACUUUGCACACUGAAUAUUUUAUUACCUGAAAAAAUUUCUCCCGAAGCUGCGACAUCGGAACUAGACUUACUUGAAUUAUCGAAGAACUACAGUUUCCUUCGAGAUGGUGGAAUUACUAGACCAGAUGCUAUUCAUAGGGCUACGAUAAGAUUGACAGAUAUAGCCAAUCUAUUGGACACGGAUUGGGAGAAACUAGCGGAAGAAUUAAACAUCCCGCCGAAUGAUGUACAGCUUAUCAAGCAAGAAUGUCCUGGCAAACCCGCACAGCAAGCCGACAUGAUGUUCAAAUUAUGGCAAAGUGAUGGGAACAAAGCAACAGGAAAUACUCUAGAAAAGGCUUUGAAUAAAAUCGGUCGUAAAGAUAUUGUGAAGAGAUGCAUAUUCAAUGUAGAGUUGGUUACCGACGAUGUCGAAAAAGCCGUAGCAAGAGUAAGGCUUGAUCAACCUGGUUUUGAUUCCCUGAAAGAGGAGCUCGGGCCUUCCCGAGAUACAUCUCUUCGCAGAGAUGCUACCAUGGAUCCUAAAAUGGAUCCAGAUUGGGAAGAGCCAGAUCGAAUGAAGGAAUCAGAGUCUGUUGAAGAUCUCAGCACACCAGGCGCAGUAACUCACAAACGUACAACUGAAGAGCACCGCACAGUCACCAAUGGCACUAUACCAAAUGGAACUUCUACUCCUAUAAAAGAUAAAUAUGCCAGUGAUGAAAAGGAAUUUGGCGAUAUGAUGGCCGACUUUGUUGAAUACAAAUGUCAUGUUUCCGAUACGAUGACGAAAAGAUCUAAAGAUGACGCUGACGAUGACAAUAUAAAACGACAGAGAGUCAUAGAAGAUGCCAACAAAAUAGUUUCUGGUGUAAUACAAGACGCAGAGAGAAAGAAGGAGAGGUUAGCGGAAGGGUGGUCGGUGGUUAAUGAUGAUGAUGAUGUGCAAGAGAGUAAAGAGGCGGCAGGUGCUGUAGGGCCACAUUUAAUUUUGUCAGAUAAAAUCAUUACCGUUACAGAAAAAGAUCCAAAAUUAGGUCAAACAACCACAGUGCACACUUUCUCUCAAAGAGACGUCGAGCCAGCUAUUACUAAACAAUAUCAUGUCUCAAGUCCUAGUAUAGAUUUUGAUAACAGUGAUUUACCAUUGUCUACUAAACAUAUUACUGUUAAACAAGAGGAUCCCGUUAAUCUAGGGCAAAACAUUACUGUGAAGACAACAACCAUUACUGAUUAUACUCCAUCCGUUACUAGGGAAUCUCAAAUUGCCCAUGAACCCCAAACGAGGGAAACGUAUUACUUCGGUCCGAACGAUUCCGUGACUGGUUCAGGUGCAAGUGCAACAACAGAUCCCAAAGAAUCUGUAUCAAUUGUAACUAGCGAAAUACGUUACAUAGGCCAACCAACGACAAAUAUUAUAACUACAACCACUGCGCAAUCCCCUAAUAUACCGCAAGUAAUCUUAGAUACAGAAUCUUCUCAUUCCAGUGAAAAAUCGGUAGACGAACACAUACAGAAAGGUAAAGUUGUCAUUUCAGGCGUAGUUAAGGAAAUAGAAUUUAGAUCUGAUAAGGUAGGGAUGGACGUCAAAGAUUUAUCAGGUGCUCUGAAAGAUGAAAGUGAUUUGAGUACAGGUCCUGUAAAGAGUGUUGCAAAAAUUUAUGAUGAUGCCAAUGCAAUGCUAUCUGAUGUUAAUAAAGACAUUGCUAGUGAGAAAGAAAAGUUAGCGAGCGAGGGCAAAGAGAUUGAUGAGAAAUUGGGAAUCGUUGUUGAUCAAGCUAGUCAAGAAUUGAAGAAGCAAAAACCAAAAGAGAUCAAAGGCAUCCUUAAAAUCGAUUCAACGAGAAUAGAUGUUAAAGAAACCGUAUCUCCAGCCAAGCCACAAGAAGAUCCCAGGGUAUCUGCUUACGAAAUUAUAUACAAUGUCCAACAAGAUGCAGAGGACCACAAAGACAAAUCUGAAAAAGAAUCUAAAAAAUUGAAAGAUAAAUCUAGUGGGAUAUUUUCAGGAAUUUUCAAGUCACCAAAGUCGAAGAAAUUAAAAUCUAAAGAUUCCAAGGAUGUAUCAUUCGACAGUGGAGAUGAAGAUACUAAAAAUUCGACACUUAAAUUUCUCGACGAUACAAGAAAAACAGCUGAUUCAGCUCAUCAACCCGACCGCGUCUCGAGCCCAGUUUAUCAACCAAGUGCUCCAUUAGCUGAUCAAAAGAAUGAUCCACUCAGAAACAUUAUGGUAUCUACUGCAGAAUUUCUCGAUGAUACUAGAAGAACUGCCGAAGUCUUUCAAGGUUUGCCAAAAGAACCGACAAAAAUGACGACGAGUACUGGUGGUAUCACUGUAACCAUCACUGAAAACUUCCAAGAUAGUCAGAAAGAUAAUAAUUCACUCGUGAGCCCUGACUUAAAGAAGGAUAAAGGCAUUGUUGACCUAGGUCACGAUAGAACACAAACUUUAAAGGAUGAAACCAAAUCUAUCCAUCCAACUCCUACAGACCCUAAACAAAAUUCACCAGAAGUCGACGUUACUCGUGUUGCUAAAGAUAAGUUGAUUGACAAUACUAAAGCAUCAGCUGGCUCGGCAGCAGUUGAGAAGUCUCUGGAAGAUGCAGGUAAAACUACAAAAGUGAUAGGAGAAUCAGUCCAAUAUGUUACUGAUGAAAAAAUCAAUUCCAAGGAUAUUCCAACCACUAUUGAAAAAGUUAGUGAUAAUAGUAAAGAUCUUAAAGACGAAUCGAAAGAUAAAGGCAGUGGUUUCUUUGGAAUCUUUAAGAGUCCUAAAUCCAAAAGCAAGAAAAGGAGCAAAUCAAAAGACAAGGGAUCUUCGAAAGAGACAUCCUUUGAUAGCGGAGAUGAAGAACUCAGGAUUACAACAGCUAAGUUUUUGGAUGACACAAAAAAGGCCGCAGACCAGAGAAGAGAUUCUGCCGGCCCAAACAUAACAUACCCUCACGAUAUCAUUGACAUUAAAAAAGACAGAUUUGUCGAUAAUGUUCAUUACGAAUUUGACACACCUACAGAUAAAAUUAAAGGAACAUUUUAUGAUGUUAAAGCCGCUGCAGAAAAAGCUGAAGCUGAUGUUCAGAAAACUAUUUCGGAUGGGGCACUGAAUAUUGCCAAUAAAACAUCAGAAGGUCUCGCAAGUACUACUGCUGGAAUAGUAGUCGCAGUUGGUAGCAUCCCUGCUGCUAGCACAGGUUUAAAAUCGGACAUCACUGCUGUAAGUGACAGUUCUAGAAAGACAGGAGGCGAAAUAAUAAAUGUCGUUGAAAAAGAUGUUAAAAUUAUUGGAGAAGCCGUACCCACAGAGAUCCUUGACAUUACGGAGCAAAUGACAGCUACUGGCCAAGAUAUCAAGAAAGCGACCGAUGCUGUCAGUAAUUCUCUUAAAGAAGAUGGUAAAAAUCUUCGUGAAGGAACUAAAAAUUUCCAAGAUAAAGUUUCUACAGAAGUACAGCGUGAUGUCAAGGUUAUAACUGCGCCUGCAAUAAGUGGCGACAAAAAAUUGACUACUAAAGCUGAAGCGUUAUCACAGGAAUUGGGUACCGAAGUGAAGGAUGCAUCAGAUGAAGUCAAGGAGAAGAGUGGUGGGUUCUUUGGAAUAUUCAAAAGUCCGAAAUCAAAAAGUAAGAAGAGAGGUAAGUCCAAAGACAAGGAUUCGUCUAAAGAAACAUCUUUUGACAGUGGAGAUGAGGAGCUACGAAUUGCUACAGAAAAAUUCCUUCAUGAUACUAGAAAAGCUGCAGAUGAUAUCAGCUACCCUGUGUUAGGUUCUACCACCCAUGAUGGACUUGCAAAUAGUAAUAAAUCAAUCGUGGAAAGUUCGUAUGAUCAAAAGAAACCUGAAGGAACUAAGACCAGUGGUAAAGAUGCUAAAAAUCUAAAAGGUGACAUCGAAGUAUCUAAAGUAGAGAAAGAUGCUACGGUAAUCACGGAAAAGGGCUCGAAAGAAAUUAAAGAACCUAAAGAAAAGAGUGUGGGAUUCCUACCAGGAAUAUUGAAAGACGCUAAGCAUGCCAUUGAUGAAGUAACUGAGGAUGUCAAAGAAUUUUGGCACGAGACUAAAAAAGAAGCUGAAGAAGAAGAAGAAAAGGCAAAGAAACCACAUCACACAGAUGAUGAUUUGAAGAAAUCUCAGAAAAUAGUCUCAACGACUACUUCACAGGUUACUAAAGUGAUUCAAGGUGGCCAGGAUGAUGUAACCAAGCAUGACAUCUAUCCCAAAUCUGAAAUUCCUGUUCCAGUGACAGCUGCGAGGCAUCCAGAAUUAGGUAUAAGAAUCAUUGAACAAAGAACAGAGCAUACCUAUGAGACAGAUGCUCCAGGUAUUGAAGAGCGGUCAAACGGUGCUAAGAAAAUCAUUUCACAAAAACCAACAUCAGAUGAAAAAACUUUGUUAACGAAGUCUGUAAUAUCUGAAACAGUACCCACGAAUGGCAAAGCAAACGUUGUUGGUGAUAAAUCAGUUGGAUCUGAUGACGAUAGUAGUAAAGAAAAAGGAGGAGGUUUCUUUGGAAUUUUCAAGAGCCCUAAGUCCAAGAAUAAAAAGCGAACUAAAUCGAAGGAUAAACAAUCAUCACGAGAAACUUCAAUUGACAGCGCAGACGAGGAUCUCAGAUUAGCAACAGCUUCAUUCUUGGCUGAUCUGAAAAACGUUGCAGAAACCAGAGACGUAGGUUUACCGUCGGUUGAAGAUACCGAUUCUAAAAUCAAACAAGGCGAAUUACCUGUAGUAGGUGAUCUGAAAUAUGCGACUACCCAAUUCUUGGAUGAGUCCAGAAAAGGAAGUGCGGAUGUUAACAUUGGAGUUUCAAUUGGAGACGUAAAGCAACCAAAACUUCCGAGUCCUUCAAAGAAAGAGUCUCCUUCACCUAGUGACACCGUGUACAACGUAUCUAUAGUCCACACAGGUAAGGCUUCUAAAGACGAGGCAAAUCUGCAUGACAAAGGCAGUGAUGGUUUCCUUUCUGGAAUAUUAACAGGAACCAAACAAACUGUUGAUGAAGUGACCGAUGAUGUAACAGAUUUUUUCAAAGGCACAACAAAACAGGCAGAGCAUUCAGCAGCUAGUGCAGCCCAAAAAUCAUCUGAAAAAUUUGUGGACGCAAAAACUAACAUUGUCAGUGAUGUAAAAGUAUUGGGAGCACAACUGUCUGAGGCUAUAGAUCAUGACGCUGUGGCGCUAAAAAAGACUUCUGAAAGCCUAAAAGACACGGCUCAGCACAAGUUGGCUACAGGUUAUGGAGCUGUUUCUGAAGUCACUCGAGAUGCGACUACUAAAGUGUCUCAAGAAGCAAAGAAACUAGCAGACGGUGUUGAAGAUGGUGCCAAAAAAAUUGUUGAAACUUCUAACACGGCUAAAGAUGAAAUUAGUCAACAAACGAAACAAAAAGUAAACGUUUUGAAAGAUAAAGUUUCAUCAGCUGAAGAUGGUAUCACUGAUGUUAUCGGAGAGACAAGUGAAAAAGUGAGUAAAAAAUCGAAAAAAAUUAAACAUAAGGGCGGCCGAUUUCUGUCUGGUAUCUUCAAAGGUACAAAGCAAGCUGUUGAUGAAGUUAAAGAUGAUGCCAGAGAGCUCGCAGAACAAACUAAGAAAGCUGCUGAAGAUGGCGGAGAACAUACCAAACAUGUUGCUCAAGGAGCAGCGGGAAAACUAAAAAAUGUCAAAGACGAUAUUGUGGAUGGUACCAAAAAUGCGAAGGAUAAACUGGCCCAGGAAAUUUCCGAUGAUUCCCAGAAACUUCUGAAUGCAUCCAAGAGCGCCAAAGAUAAGACCAAGGAAAAAUUAACUACUGGUGUCGAAAUUGUUUCUGAUGCAGCUGAAAAGGUUUCAGAAGGCACAAAAGACCUUGCCAAAGCGGCUAAGGGUGGUGCAGAAACGUUUGUUGAGAAAUCCAAGGAAACCAAAGACAAGGUGAGCGAGGAAAUCGUAGAUGAUGCCAAGAUUGUAACAGAUAAAUUAGCGUCAGUAGCUGAUUCUGUGGCUGAUACUGCUGGAACUGCAAAAGACAAAACCACAAAAGAAGCAAAGAAAAUUAAGGAAAAAACCAGUGGAUUUUUAUCCGGCAUCUUCAAAGGCACUAAACAUUCCAUCGACGAAGUCAAAGGAGAUGCUGUUGACUUUUUGGAGGAGACAAAGAAAGAAGAAGAAAGUGCUAGACGUGCUGCUCAAGAAGCAUCUGAAAAAGUCAAAGAUGUAAAAGCUGAAAUUAUAGAUGAUACUAAAGGUGUAUUAGCUCAAAUAUCUCACGAAAUCUCUGAGGAUUCACAAAAGCUUUUAGAUGCUUCUAAGAGUGCAAAAGAUGAAACAACAAAGAAACUGGCUGGAGAAGUUGACAUUGUAUCUGAUGCCGCUAAAAAUGCAGCCACUAAAGUUUCCGAAAGUAGUACAGAACUUAUUGGAAAAGCCAAAGAUGGCACAGAAGCAAUCGUCACCAAAUCUCAGGACAUCAAAGACAAAAUCAGUAAAGACAUUAAAGAUAAUGCAACAACAGUCAAAGAUGAACUAGUUGCAGCGGGUGAUGCCGUGGCUAGUGCAACCGAAGCUACGAAAGAGAAGACUGCAAAAGAAGCGAAGAAGGCAAAGGAAAAAACUGGUGGAUUUUUAUCUGGAAUCUUCAAAAGUGCUAAACAUGCAGCUGAUGAAGUCAAGGAAGAUAUUCAAGAAUUCCUUGAAGACACGAAGAAAGAGGCAAAUGAAGAAGAAGAACAUGCUAAACAUACUGCGCAAGAGGCAUCCACAAAGCUGAAAGUUGUAAAAGAUACAAUUGUAGACGAUGCAAAGGAGCUUGAAGCUAAACUCGCUCAGAAUGUUACCGAUGAUUCUAAAAAACUUGUGAAUACAUCAAAGAAUGCAAUCGAUAAAACAAAAGAAAAAUUGACGGGUGGAGUUGAACUUGUUGCCGAUACUACAACGAGUACUGCGCAUAAGGUUUCGAAUGAAGCUACAGAACUAGUUGGUAAAGCUAAGCAAGGUGCUAGCACAAUCGCUGAAAAAUCCAAAGACAUCACGGACAAAGCUGGAUCAGAAAUCAGAGGUGAUGCCAAAGUAGUCAAAGAUAAAUUAUCUACGAUAGCUGAUACCGUUGCAGAUACUGCUACAUCAGCCAAAGACAAAACUACAAGAGAAGCAAAAAAAGCUAAAGAGAAAACUGGAGGGUUCUUUUCUGGUAUAUUCAAAGGUGCUAAAGAGGCUGUUGAUGAAGUCAAAGAAGACAUUGAAGAGUUUCUGGAGGAUACAAAGAAAGAGGCCAAGGAAGAAGAAGACCGUACCAGACGUGCUGCUCAAGAAACAGCAGAUAAAGUUGACAGUGUUGAAGACAAAAUCAAAGAUACUACAGAUAAAAUGAAAACCAAAAUUUCUACUGAAGUUAGUGAAGAUUCACAACGGCUGUUGGAUGCUUCAAAGGAUACAAAAUAUAAGACCGAGGAUAAAUUGACCACCGGUAUUCAAGCCUUGACUGAUACAGCCAACGUCGCGACUGAUACGGUUUCGAAGAAAACUUCUGAAAUUAUUGACAAAGCUAAGGAUAGCGCACAAUCCAUUGCAGAAAAGUCUAAGGACGCCAAAGAUGAGGUCAGUAAAGAAAUCACAGAUGAUGUUACAGUAGCUAAAGAUAAAUUGGCUUCAGCUGCUGGUGGCGUAGUUGAUAGUGUUGUAUCCGCCAAAGAUAAAACUGUAGAAGAAACAAAGAAGGCAAAAGAAAAAACAAGUGGAUUUUUAUCUGGCAUCUUUAAAGGCGCUAAACAUGCAGUCGAUGAAAUCAAAGAUGAGGUUGGAGAAAUUCUUGACGACAACAAGAAAGAGGCAAAGUUGGAAGCAGACCGUGCUAAGUACACUGUCCAUGAGACGUCUGAAAAUGUCAAAGAUUUGAAAGACAAAGUGGUAGAUACAGCAAAGGAUGCAACAGCCAACCUAUCACAGGAGAUUGCUGAGGAUUCCCGAAAGUUUUCAGAUGCAUCCAAAAAUGUAAAGGACAAAGCUGCAGAAAAAUUGGUUGCAGGCGUCGAAGUCGUGUCUGAUACAGCCAAGAGUGCAGCUGAUACAGUUUCUAAAGGAACUUCCGAACUUCUAGAAAAAGCUAAAGAUAGCACACAAACCCUUAUGGAAAAAUCCAAGGAUGUCAAAAAUAACAUAGGACAGGAAAUCAAAGAUGAUGCUAAGGCUGUGAAGGAUAAAUUAGCUUCAGCCGCCGAUGCUACAACUGAUACAGCUGAUGUUGCAAUCGAUAAAACAAUGUCUGAAGUAAAAAAAGCUAAGGAAAAAACUACAGGGUUUUUCUCCGGCAUUUUCAAGGGCGCCAAACACGCGGCCGAUGGAGCUAAAGAAGACGUAGGGGAGUUUUUAGAAGAGACACGCAAAGAGGCAGAAUCUGAAGCUGAACGUGCCCAACGAACCGCUCAUGAGUCAUCUAAAACGAUCAAAGAUCUCAAAGGCAAAGUCGUAGAUUCAGCCAAGGAUGUCACGUCUAAACUGUCGCAAGAAAUUGUUGAAGAUUCAAAAAAGCUUUCAGAUGCUUCCAAGAAUGUAAAAGAUAAAACCAAGCAGAAGUUGUCUGCCGGUUUUGAAGUCGUGUCUGACGCCACGAAAGCUUCGGCUGACAAACUUUCGAAGGAAACCACGGAACUUGUUGGCAAGGUAGAGGAUGGGACCAAAUCCGUUGUUGAUAAAUCCAAGGAUAUCAAGGACAAGGUGGAUAAAGAAAUUAAAGAUGACAUCACAGUAGCGAAAGAUACAUUAGUUUCUGCUGCCGACACUAUAGCUGAUAGUGCUUCAUCCGCCAAAGAUAAAACCACAGAAAGAGCGAAGAAGGCGAAAGAAAAAAGUGGAGGAUUUUUGUCUGGAAUUUUUAAAGGUGCCAAACACGCAGUUGAAGAAAUCAAAGACGACUUCGAAGAGUUUCUAGAUGACACCAAAAAAGAAGCUGAAUCUGAUGCGGAACGUGCUAAGCAAACUGCUCAUCGGACGUCUGAAAAUAUUAAGGAAAUCAAAAGUGAAGUUUUGGAUACAUCAAAAGAUGCAGUGGCCAAAGCAUCGCAUGAAAUCGCUGAAGAUUCUAAAAAGCUACUAGACACCUCGAAGAUUGUCAAAGACAAUACCAAAGAGAAGUUUACCACUGGUGUAGAAUUUGUUUCGGAUACUACCAAAGCUGCAGUAGAUAAGGUUUCUGAGGAAACUUCUGGCUUUGUUGUUAAAGCUAAGGACGGUACACAAACUGUAGUUGAAAAGUCUAAAGACAUCAAGGAUAAAGUCAGCAAGGAAAUCAAGGAUGAUGCUAAAGUAGUUAAGGAUAAACUAGUGUCAGCAGCUGAUACUGUCGUCGACACUGCUGAAUCGGCAGCUGAGAAAACUACAAAAGGAGCCAAAAAGACAAAGGAAAAAGGCAGUCGAUUCUUGUCUGGAAUUUUCAAGGGUACCAAACAUUCUGUUGAUGAUGUCAAAGGAGAUGCCAGUGAUUUUCUUGAGGAAGCAAAACGAGAGGAAGAACGUGCUCGACGUGCUGCGCAAGAAACGUCUGACAAAGUCAGAGAUACCAAAGACGCAAUUGUAAGUGGUGUCAGGGAUAUAAAAGACGAAACUUCAAAAAGUGUUUCUAAAGGUUCUGAAAAAAUUCUGACUGCAUCUAAGAGUGUAGAAGAUAAAGCAAAGGACAAAUUCACUACUGGAAUCAAAGUUGUUUCUGACACAGCUAAAGCUACAGCCAAUAAAGUUUCUGCAAAAACCUCUGAGAUUGCUGGAAAAGUUGAAGGUAGCGCCCAGUCAGGUGCCGAACAAUCCAAAGACAUUAAAAGCCAGGUUAGUCAACAAAUUAAAGAUGAUGUUGAACUGGUUAAAAAUAAAUUGGCUGCAGCAACCGAUACUGUAGCUGAUUCUGCUGUAUCUACCAAAGACAAGACUGUACUGGAAGCAAAGAAGGCUAAGGAAAAAACUGGAGGAUUCCUAUCUGGUAUUUUCAAAGGUGCCAAACAUGCAGUCGAUGAGAUCAAAGAUGACGUUGAAGAGUUUCUCGAUGACACUAAACAAGAGGCAGAAUCCGAAGUGGAACGUGGUAAGCAGGCUGCUCAUCGAACCUCUGAAAAAAUUAAAGAAGUCGAAGACAAGGUUGUGGAUACGACAAAAGACACAGCAGCUAAAGUAUCUCAAGAGAUCGCUGAAGAUUCAACAAAGCUCUCAGAAGCAUCCAAGAAUAUCAAAGACAAGGCCAACGUAAAGUUUACCAUGGGUGUCGAAACUGUUUCUGAUACUACCAAAGCUGCAGCUGAUAAAGUUGCGAAAGAAACUGCUGAACUUAUUGGGAAAACAAAGAAUGACACAAAAUCUGUUAUUGAAAAAUCCAGGGAAACCAAAGACCAGGUCGGAAAAGAAAUUAAGGAUGAUUUAGCAGUAGCUAAAGAUAAAUUAACUUCAGCUGCUAGCACUGUAGCUGAUACAGCUGCAUCCACCAAAGAUAAAACUGUACAGGAAGCAAAGAAUGCUAAAGAAGCAACUGGAGGAUUCUUAUCUGGUAUUUUCAAAGGUGCCAAGCAUGCUAUUGACGAGGUCAAAGAUGAAGUUGAAGAGUUUUUCGAUGACACGAAGAAAGAGGUGGAAGCCGAAACAGAACGUGCUAAAAAGACUGCACAGGUCACGUCUGAAAAUAUCAAGGAUGCCAAGAGCAAGAUUGUCGAAGAAACAAAGGAUGCUACAGCUAAACUAUCACAAGAGAUUGCUGAAGACUCUAAGAAGCUCGUAGACACCUCCAAAAAUGCAGCAGACAAAACCAAGGAAAAAUUUGCUACUGGUGUCGAAAGCUUAUCUGAUGCCACUAAAUCUACAACUGAUAAAGUUUCUAAGGAAACUUCUGAUUUUGUUGCAAAAGCUAAGGAUGGCACUCAAUUAAUUGCAGAAAAAUCUAAAGAUUUUAAAGACAAAGUGGGCAAGGAAAUCGAAGAUGAUGCCAAAACAGUAAAGGACAAAUUGGCUACAGUAGCUGAUGGUACAGUCAACACUGCAGAUACUGCGAUUGACAAAACAGCAGCUGAGGUAAAGAAGGCCAAAGAAAAAACAGGAGGAUUUUUAUCUGGAAUUUUUAAAGGUGCCAAACACUCUGUUGACGAAGCUAAAUUAGACGCCGGAGACUUCCUGGAAGAAACAAAAAGAGAGGAAGAGCGUGCUAGGCAUGCUGCACAGGAGGCAGCUAGAAAACUUGAGGGUAUUAAAAGCGAAAUUGUGGACAGUACAAAAGAUGCUACUCAUCAACUAUCGCAGAAAGUGGCUAAAGAUUCUAAGAAGAUUUUGGAUGCUUCGAAGAGUGCAAAAGAUCAAACAAAAGAGGAAAUAGCUGCUGGUUAUGAAGUUGUUUCUGACAGUACCAAGGAGGCUUCUGAUAAGGUUGCCCAGCUGAGCAAGGAAAUAAAAGAUGAUGCCAAGAUCGUAAAAGACAAGUUAUCAUCUACUGCUGUUGCCGUUGCUAGUACUGUUGAAUCUGCGAAAGACAAAACAGCAAAGGAAAGUAAAAAAGCUAAAGAAAAGAGCAGUGGAUUCUUCUCUGGUAUUUUCAAAGGUACAAAACAUGCUGUCAGUGAAGCCAAGGACGAUGUUGAAGAGUUUUUGGAUGGCAAGAAAAAAGAUCUGAAAGAAGACAAAGAGCAUGCUAAGCGUGCUGCUCAAGAAACAUCGAACACAGUUCAGGAGAUCACAGGCAAAGUUGCAGAUACUGCUGAAACUGUAAAAACUAAAAUAUCUCAGGAGAUUGCUGAAGAUUCAGAAAAGCUUUCAGACGCAUCUAAAAGCGCCAAAGACAACAUCACAGAAAAACUAGAUGCUGCCAUUGAUGUUGUAUCCGAUGCAACUAAGGUAACUGCUGAGAAAGUUUCCAAAGAGGCUACAGAAUUUACUGGAAAAAUAACUGGUGGCACAAAAACAAUUAUUGAAAAGUCAAAGGAUGUAAAGGCACAGCUAGGAAGAGAAGUUGACGAUGAUGUCAGAGUAGCUAAGGAAAAACUGGUUUCAGCAGGUAGUACUGUAGCUGAUACAGCCGAAUCUGCAAUUGACAUAACUGCAAAGGAAGCUAAGAAAGCUAAGGAAAAAAGCAGUGGAUUUUUAUCUGGCAUUUUCAAAAGUACAAAACAUGCUGUCGACGAAGUGAAAAGUGAUGCUGCUGAUUUUUUGGAAGAGACUAAAAAAGAAGAAGAAGAUGCUAGACGUGCCGCUCAAGAAGCAUCUGAACAAGUCAAGCAUACCACUGAUGAAAUCCUGGAUGGUGUUAAGACUGUCAAAGAUAAGACGAAAUCCCAACUGGGGGCUGGCGUCGAUCUUGUAUCUGAUACUACAAAAGAUACUGUCGAUUUGGCUUCUGGAAAGACUACCAACCUGCUUGACAAGGCUCAAGAUAGCGGAGCAAAGAUUAUCCAAAAAUCUAAAGAAACCAAGGAGAAACUGAAGGAAGAAAUCAAUCGUGAUGCAAAGGUGGUUGGAGAUACAUUGGUCUCAACCGCAGAUGUAAUGGCAGAUACAGUUGAAACGGUAAAAGGUAAAACGGCAAAAGAAGCUAAGAAGGCAAAAGAAAAAGGUAGUGGAUUUUUAUCAGGGAUUUUCAAAGGUACUAAACACACUGUUGAUGAAGUUAAAGGAGAUAUUGAAGAGUUUGUGGAUGAUACAAAGCAGCAUGCCAAAGAAGAGGAAGAACGUGCAAGACGUACUGCCCAAAAAACAUCGAAGGAAAUUAAAGAUGUCAAAGACAAGGUUCUAGAUGGCACAAAAGAUGUCAAAGCUAAACUGUCCCAAGAAGUUACUGAAGAUUCUCAAAAAAUUGUGGAUAUUGCUAAAAGUGUUAAAGAUAAGACAAAACAAAAAUUGACAUCUGGAGCUGAAAUUUUAUCUGAUACAACGAAAUCUGCAACUGAUAAAGUAGCUGAAGAAGCUUCUAAAGUGGCUGUUCAAGCCAAGGAUGGCACACAAUCUAUUGUGGAAAAAUCCAAAGACGUCAAAGACAAGGUAGACAAAGAAAUUAGACAUGAUGUCGAAUUUGGUAAAGAAAAAUUAUCUUCCGCUGCUAGUACUAUUGCUGAUACUGCUACAUCUGCUAAAGACAAAACUGCUGAGGAAGCAAAGAAAGCGAAAGAAAAAACUGGAGGAUUUCUGUCUGGUAUUUUCAAAGGGGUCAAGCAUGCAGUUGAUGAUGUAAAAGAAGAUUUAGAAGAGUUCCUCGAUGACACAAAAAAAGAAGCAGAAUCUGAAGCAGAACGUGCAAAGCAUGCUGCUGAUCGGACAUCUGAAACUGUCAAAGAUGCCAAAGAUAAAGUUGUAGAUUUGACAAAGGAUGCAACAUCUGAACUAUCACAGAAAAUUUCCGAGGAUUCUAAAAAGAUUUCAGAUGCCUCUAAAAAAGCAAAAGACAAGACUAAACAAAAGUUGACCACUGGUGUUGAAGCUAUUUCUGAUGCCGCGACAGGUGCAGUUGACAAAAUUGCUCAAGAAUCUUCCGAACUUGCUGAAAAAGCUAAAGAUGGCACACGAUCCAUUGUUGAAAAAUCGCAGGGUAUCAAGGACGAGGUUGGAAAAGAAAUUAAGGAUGAUAUCGUUGUUGUUAAAGAGAAAAUCAGUUCAGUUGCUGAUUCUGUAGCUGACUCUGCUGCAUCUGCAGGUGAAAAGACUGCCCAGGAAGCGAAGAAGGCAACGGAAAAAACUGGGGGAUUCUUUUCUGGUAUUUUCCAAGGUGCCAAACAUGUGGUUGAUGAAAUCAAAGAUGACGUAGAAGAGUUUCUAGAAGACACGAAGACAGAGGCAAAGGAAGAAUCCGAACGUGCUAAGCAAGCUGGACUUAAAACAGCUGAAGACAUCGAAGACGCAACAUCCAAACUAUCCCAAGAGAUUGCUGAAGAUUCUGAAAAGCUUUCAGAUACUUCAAAGAAUGCACAAAACAAGGCGAAGAGAAAAUUGGCCGCUGGUGUUGAGGCUGUGUCUGAUACAGCUAAAGCUGCAGGUGAUAAAGUUUCUAAGGGAACUUCUGAAUUAAUUGGGAAAGCUAAGGAUGGUACGCAAUCGGCUGUUGAAAAAUCAAAGGAUAUCAAGAACAAGGUGGGAAAAGAAAUUAAGGAAGAUGUUUCAAUUGCAAAAGUUAAAUUAACUUCAGCAGCUGAUUCCGUAGCUGAGAGUGCAACAUCUGCUAAAGACAAAACUACACAAGAAGCGAAGAAGGCCAAGGAAAAAACUGGGGGAUUCUUUUCUGGUAUUUUCCAAGGUUCUAAACAUGUGGUUGAUGAAAUCAAAGAUGACGUAGAAGAGUUUCUAGAAGACACGAAAACAGAGGCAGAGGAAGAAACUGAACGUGCUAAGCAAGCUGGACUUAAAACAGCUGAAGACAUCAAAGACGGAACAUCCAAACUAUCCCAGGAGAUUGCUAAAGAUUCUAAAAAGCUUUCAGAUACUUCAAAGAAUGCACAAGACAAGGCGAAGAAAACAUUGGCCGCUAGUGUUGAGGCUGUGUCUGAUACAGCUAAAGCUGCAGGUGAUAAAGUUUCUAAGGGAACUUCUGAAUUAAUUGGGAAAGCUAAAGAUGGUACGCAAUCGGCUGUUGAAAAAUCAAAGGAUAUCAAGAACAAGGUGGGAAAAGAAAUUAAGGAAGAUGUUUCAAUUGCAAAAGUUAAAUUAACUUCAGCAGCUGAUUCCGUAGCUGAGAGUGCAACAUCUGCUAAAGACAAAACUACACAAGAAGCGAAGAAGGCCAAGGAAAAAACUGGGGGAUUCUUUUCUGGCAUUUUCCAAGGUUCCAAACAUGUGGUUGAUGAAAUCAAAGAUGACGUAGAAGAGUUUCUAGAAGACACGAAAACAGAGGCAGAGGAAGAAACUGAACGUGCUAAGCAAGCUGGACUUAAAACAGCUGAAGACAUCAAAGACGGAACAUCCAAACUAUCCCAGGAGAUUGCUAAAGAUUCUAAAAAGCUUUCAGAUACUUCAAAGAAUGCACAAGACAAGGCGAAGAAAACAUUGGCCGCUAGUGUUGAGGCUGUGUCUGAUACAGCUAAAGCCGCAGGUGAUAAAGUUUCUAAGGGAACUUCUGAAUUAAUUGGGAAAGCUAAGGAUGGUACGCAAUCUGCUGUUGAAAAAUCGAAGGAUAUCAAGAACAAGGUGGGAAAAGAAAUUAAGGAAGAUGUUUCAAUUGCAAAAGUUAAAUUAACUUCAGCAGCUGAUUCCGUAGCUGAGAGUGCAACAUCUGCUAAAGACAAAACUACACAAGAAGCAAAGAAGGCAAAGGAAAAAACUGGGGGAUUCUUUUCUGGUAUUUUCCAAGGUGCCAAACAUGUGGUUGAUGAAAUUAAAGAUGACGUCGAAGAGUUUCUAGAAGACACGAAAACAGAGGCAGAGGAAGAAACUGAACGUGCUAAGCAAGCUGGACUUAAAACAGCUGAAGACAUCAAAGACGGAACAUCCAAACUAUCCCAGGAGAUUGCUAAAGAUUCUAAAAAACUUUCAGAUACUUCAAAGAAUGCACAAGACAAGGCGAAGAAAACAUUGGCCGCUAGUGUUGAGGCUGUGUCUGAUACAGCUAAAACUUCAGGUGAUAAAAUUUCUAAGGAAACUUCUGAAUCGUUUGGUCAAGCUAGGGACAGUGCACAAUCUGCUGUUGAGAAAUCAAAGGACCUCACGGACGAUGCGGGAAAAGUAAUUAAGGAUGACGUUGCAAUAGCGAAAGAUAAAUUAACUUCCGUGGCUGGUUCUGUAGCUGAGACUGCAACAUCUGCUAAAGACAAAACUGCACAGACAACAAAGAAAGCUAAAGAAGAAACAGGUGGAUUCCUGACUGGUAUUAUCAAAGGUGCCAAGCAUAUGGUUGAUGAAGCAAAAGAAGAAGUAGAAGAAUUUCUCGACGACACGAAGAAAGAGGCGGAAGAAGAAACCAAACGUGCAAAACAAGCUGCACAGGAGAUAUCAAAGAACAUUGAAUAUACAAAGGACUCUGCUGUAAGUAGUGCAAAGGACGCAACAGUAAAGUUAACUACGGAAGUUGCUGAAGACUCUCAAAAGCUCUCAGAUGCUGCUAAAGGUGCAAAAGAAAAAACCAAAGGCAAAUUGACAAGUGGAAUUGAAGCAGUGUCUGACACUGUAAACACUACAUCUGAUAAAGUUGCCCAAGGAGCCAAGGAAGUUGCUGGAAAAGCUAAGCAGGGUACAGAAGCCGCAUUAAAGAAAUCAAAACAAGUUACAGAUGCAGUAGGCAGAGAAAUUGAGGAUGGUGCUGCUGUCAUCAAGGAUGAGACAUCUUCGGCUAUUGGGGAUGUAGCACAAACAGCAGAAGCGUCAACUGAAAAAGUUUCAAAAGCAGCGAAAAAAGGUAAAGAAAAGGGUAGCAAACUCUUUUCCGGUAUUUUCAAAGGAUCUAAACAUGACACCGUGAACAUUCCUGACAAAAACGCUAGUACCACUGAAAAACAGAAAAUCACCCAAGCAGAUACGUCAAAUGUUCCAGAAUCAAUAUCUGAUGCAAAAUUAGCUACAAUGAUGUUUUUAGCAGACACGCGAAGUGCUGCUGAACAACGAAAUGAACCCUAUGCAUUUGGAAAUGUUCAGGAACAUUCAGACUCAGCUUCAAGUUCAGCUCGCAGUUCUUUGGACCGAGAUGUUUCUCUCGACGAAGAUAAAAAAUCAAAAAAACGAAAGGGCGGAGUGAUAUCAAGCAUUGUUAAAGGAGCCAAAUCUGCAACUCAUAAAAUUGCGAAAGAAGUAGAUCAUGCUGCGGUAGGUCUGAAAGAUGCGACUGAAAAGUUCUGGGAAGAGACUAAAAGAGAGUCUGACGAUUCUUUAGCUUCCGGAAGCUAUAAUGUUUCCUCAGCACCCCACGGAUUAGAUAGAGUAGAGAAUCAAGAGGCAGUAGCUUCAAAAUCUUUUGUUGAAAAAUCUAAACAAGUAGACAGGCUAGGUGAUGACGAUACAAAAAAAAGUUUUAGCGAAGGUAAAGGUAAAUUAAUCUCACGCAUUCCACAAAAAGUAAGCCCCACGAAAGAGUUGAAACAUAUUCCGGUAGAUAGCUCAGAUAGGCUAGUUGCAGGGGUGUCGAGCAGGCUAGAGCACCUCGAGCCUCGCACGCGUCAAUCCGUCACCACAGUUGUAACAAAGUCUGUGCGGACGACAGCAACCCCACCACCCAGCCCCGCCGAGUUCAGUGACAGUAGCAUUAAAGAUGUAACAGAGGAGGCCUCGAGACGAGCUCAAGAUCUAGCUGACCAAUCGCUUUCUCUCACGCGACCAGGGCAUGAUUCUACUGAGAUUGAUGGGACUGUAGAGAGGCAUGCUACUUCUGCUCCGUCAAAGCAACCUGUUCCUGCCCCUCGCCACUCCUCCAAGUUGUCCACCAAAACUGACUUACACCUACAAAUCGAAGAUACUCAAGCAACGCAAACACCUAAAAGCCCCAAAACUAAAAUACCAGAGCCAAUGUCAAAAUUGCCGCAGAAAUCUCCAGAAACGUCCAAGGUUUCAUUGAAGUCACCUAAAAGAUCACAGGAGAAGGGACGCAGUCCUGUCAAGGAAGAAAUAUCUGCGAGCACAUUUAGAGAGCCUCAGAGUCCGAAGAGUAAAAUUCCUGUAAAAAUUAAAGAAACAACCAAAGAUGGCAAUAAGACAGUUAUCAAAGAAUUCACAACUGAUGAUGGUACGACAACUGUAACUGAGACUGUGACAACAAAGUUUGUAGAAUCAAAAUUACCAGGACUCAAAAGUUCAUCACAAGAUAAUAAGUUUUCUCCAAAAGUAGGUCUACCAAGCGAAGGCAAAACAGUAACAGAAACGUAUACAACAGUAAAAACAACUAAUAAUGAUUCUACGGAAUCGAUGUUAGUUAAGGAAGAUAACACUGCAAAUAUGAUAACUACUGUAAAGUCCACUUUAGGCGAAAGUAUCGAUCCACAAAAAUUUAAAGAGAAGUUUGAACACAUUUCAGACUUAGAGCCAAGUUCUUCUUGCGGCCAGUAUGAUGAGUUAAAAAAAGAUGGUACAAUAGUCAAAACAUUUAUAACAAGAAGUACUCACUCUGGUGAUAUCAAUCCAAGUGACUUACAAGAACUCAUAAAAGAUGGUGAGGCUGUAAAAACUUUAAAAACUAUUCGUACCAAUUCAAAGGAAGAAGUAGAUCCAGAAGGCUUCAAGGGUAUGACAGAUGGAGGUGCCAGUAGAAGAACUGUCACAACCAUUACUAGGAGAAUAGUCACGUCUGGUGGAGAUGAUGUGAUGGAAGGUGAUAGUUCUACAGAGGUAGUGAGUCCUGCAGAAUUUGAUAACAUUGUAAAAAGUAGCGGUUUGAGAAACACAGUAACCACGUUACACUCUACUCCUGGAACGAAAAUAGAUCCGUCGAAACUUCAGGAAAAAUUAUCUUUAAAGGACUUUGAGGAGCUCUCUACGAAAGGUGAAUUUACAAAAACUCUUGAAUCAUUAAAGACUGAAACAGGUGAGCCAAUCGACCCGACGUUGUAUAAAGAAUUACUGAAAGAUGGAAAAGGGGUAGUGAGAACUGUAACCACAGUUAAGACUAGUACAGGUGAACCCGUAGAUUUACAAAAACUUGAUUUCAAAGAUGGAAAAAGUACUAAAACGGUUAUAGUGAAAAGCAGUUUGGGAGACACUAUAGAUUCAGAAAAAUUCAAAGAGUUCUUCAAAGAUGGUAACAUCACAUCUGCUAAGACUGUCAAAGAGACUAUAAGAACUGUGAAAUCUAGUAGCUUUGAACCUGAAACAUGGACCGAAACUGUAGUUACGAAAAGAUCAAGUGAUGGGAAACCGGAAACUUGGCAAACCGUUGUACGAUCUGGAGAUGUGCGGCCAGAAGAUUGGGAAACAGAGUUCUCAUUAGACACUUCGCCUGGCUCUGGUAAUGGAGACUUUUAUUCAAAAAAUGGUAGUUCAAGACGUGAAGUCAACAGCGAAUCAGAUAGCGAUAGUUCACCCCAACCAAGAAGAAGAUCCCCAAGCAAGAGACGAACGUUAGGAAGUUCUAGUGGAUCAGACGUCGCCCUGCAUGAAGGUGCAGAAUUGUCCCCAUUGGAGGACGACCAAGGUACCUCACUCACAGCUAACCUUCUAAAGUCUGACUUUUUACAACACACCGAGCCAUCCUUCAUGGAGACCACUACGACCGAAGUGAAUCCCGAAACUCAAGAAAGAAUAACCAAAACUACUAGGACAGUGACAGUAUCAGUACCUGUGGCAAGCGGCACUACUGGUGGCACCGAUGAACUUCGAGAAUCUAUGCAGAACAUCGUCGACCAAUUCAUGACCGAAGAAAGACGAGGUCAAUAAACAAAAAAUAGUUUUUAAAAAGUUCCAUGAUUUUGCGAUGAUCGAACCAGAAUCAUUCAAUAUAUCGGAGCAGCUGAAGUUACGAGUCACAUAUUUUACGUCUGGAACAUUGAAGUAUUAUACAAUAGAAUAUGAAUUCCAAUCGUUACAUCCUCGCGUAUCGAACAGGAUUCCAUAUUCGAGAAAAAAGAAUAUCAAUGAUAUCAUGGUUAUGGCUAUUAUCUGAGCAAUAAUGGGACUGCUAGUUGGACUAGCUCCUUGCUAGUCUUCACUAAGCUGGUCCUUUUGUCAGUGAAGUUUCAAUUUUUCACAGUCAGAAAAUCAAUCCAUAUUUGUUCUCAUGAAGAAUGUUUGCCUCAAUUAGAGCAGCUGCCAAUAUUUAUGAUGCAAAUUGAUGGACGUAAUAAUAUGCAUGGAGUUGAAAUGAAUGCAUAAUUUGUCAAAGUAACUUGAUUUUUGCAUCAGUUAAUCGACGAUAUUAGCCUUAGGUAAAUUAGGUCUAUCCACCACGCGUCGCUUACUAGAAAAGUUAAAGUUUUUAUAUUCUUAAGAAUUAUUCUUAGCUUCGGCAUUUGGUGGCAAAAUGAGAAAGCUUCACCGCUAUUUAUUAAGAUUCCACAAGAAAAAUACCUUAUCUUGCCAUUUUAUAAAAAGAAAACGAAUUUUCAAGCACAAUAAAUCGAGACUCUAGUACUGUUUUUACUUUGUAAUUUUUAUUUAUGGCAAGAAAUGGUCAUUUUACUAACGACGUUGCAAUGUAAAUUUCACUUAUUUAAAGAGUUUUUCCUAACAAUUUUUAAUUGUGUAUAUUAUUACAAUUAUUUUCUUAGCAUAACUUAUACAUCUUUACUGUAUACAUAAUAGUACUAUUGAAAUAACUGAAAAUUUAUGACGAUACGAUACGUGAAUAUUUUAUUUAUGUAUAGGGAAAAUUUGAGAGAAAAAAUUACUCUUUUGAAUCGCCAACACACACCAAAAUGAAUUCGUAAUAAUUAUUCUGAAAUAAAUUGAAUGGACAUAAUAAAAUUAUACUAUUUACUAAAAGGUUCAUGCAAAUAUAAUUAUGUUGUAAGAAGUCCACGUGGUAUGAAAGAAAAAAUUCAACAGCCCAAAACUCAUCUUAGGCUAGGCAACGUUAGCUUUCAGUGUGUAACACAUUUUAAAAGAAAAAAAGUAUAAUAUAUAUUUAGAAAAUCUUCUAGAAUAAAGAUAUUCUAUUAAUAUAUAAUACAUUAUAUUAUAUUAUAAAUAAACAAAAAAGAUAUAAAUAUACAUGCAGAAUUUAUAAAUUAUUAUCUAUAAUACCUUCGAUACAAUAUAUUAUACAUACAAAAUAGUCUUGCCUUGAGCCACCUGAUGCAAGGACCAAAGGCACAAUCACUAUUGCUACAAUGUAGAUGUUAUACUGAAAUUACAACCAAUAUACUUAUACUGUAUAUGCCACCUGCUACGAAAUUGUUUUAACUCUGGCCUCUGAAUGGAACAAUUUUAUAUCAACUAUACAUUGAUUUAAAUUUUUUUGUACAAUAUGGUCGAUAUUUUUACUUUGUACUUUCUGAUGAUUCAUAUAUAACUUGUAUAGAUAUGUAGAAAAUUUUCAGUUUCAUCAUUGAACUGCACCAAGAUAUUUGAAAACCAGUAUACAUACCGUCCUAAGUUGAAACUGUUAUUUUCUUCGCAGUAAGCAAUUUUUAUACGGUUUAGUUGAAGUUUCAUGGACAGUGCAGUAUGCUUCGCAAAGAGCAGCUCUACUAUUAUAUGCUAAAAUAUAAAUAAAAAUAUAAAAUCUCUGUCAAUACACUAAUGGUGCCGCAUCAUGUCGUAAUAUUAAACGAAAUAAUGUCAUACUGUAUUAUCGUGUGACACCUAUCAAUGACAGCAUAAUAAAGAAGAUAUUGAAAAAUUA